CAGCUCCCCCUUCCACUGAUAUAAAAGUGUAAAUAUAAACACUUAUGAUGGGUUUAAAACACAAUGACAUGCGUUGAGUCUGUGUGUACGAGAUAACUCUUAGUAAAUGCUGCUCCCUCAUCUCUUCCUGAUGGAUGGCAGGAGGGAGAGUGAGAGGUAGAGAGACAGAAAGAGACAAGUAGAGUCAAAGAGAAGGAGAGACAGACAAAGAACGGGAGAGAGAGAGGGAAAGAUACAGACACAAAAUGGGACAGAAGUAAGGACAGACAAAAAGCAGAUUGCCAACGCUCCCUUUUUCUGUCUUUCUGUGUGUCAGGUCCGAUAGACAGACGGUCAAACGGAGGGGCAGGGAGGACCGAGAUAUAUAGGGUCUGAAAGGACAGACAGAUAUAAGGGUAUAAAAGACAGAUCAAUACAGUAACCGACGCAGACAGGCAGAUGAACAGAAAGAACAGACAGAGGAGAAGAAGUGACACGAACAGUGGAAUGUUGCUCCAGGUCUUGCUGGCGCUCAGUGUAGGGGUCGCACAUUGUGAUGCUCAAGGUAAGUGUGAGUGGGCUUGAAUAUGUAGGUGUCUGACUGAGCAAUGAAUGGUGAAGACUUCGUUAAGCGGCUGAAAGUGUCUCUGAAAGUUCUACUGGUACCCGUCUGCUCAGACGUAAUAUACAAAGUCCUUCUAGCAGCGAGUGCGGCUGAGUGUACGCACGAGACGCCAUAUUAAGAAAACUGACACUAAAAUUGUGAAUUGUUUGGAAUUAACCUGAGAAUUUCACAUUUAAUGCCAGAAUAGCUGAUCUGAAACAGAAGACUCUGAGAACAUUUCAAUUCACAGUUUAUAACUCUGGCAGUUUGCCCUGUAAAGGGGGACACUUUAACUAAAAUCUCAUAUGUAUGAGCCAUCUUUGACAUGCUUGCGGCACCGGGAAUUGUGGGAGUUGCGCAAUACCAGAAACAUAUAAAGUAUCUUCAAGAUAAAUACAUUACUUUUAAACAUGAUUACUGUUAGAGAAAGAUCGGGUGCAACAAAAUAAAAACCUCCAAUUAAAAUGCAGACAUUUCAUUUUAAAGAAUACCGAUACAAUGACCUAAUGACCAGAGGGAGAUCAGGGAGAGAUGGGUGAACACAAGCCGUUUCUGAAAUGUUAAUAAAGUUAAAGGGAGACACCAGGGCUGAUUUACCAAUUCUAGAGAUCUGGGCUCUGAGGUCCCCAGCCAUUCUCUGGGCUCCGAUUGCUUUCACUUGGAGAAUUAUUAAGCAUUGGUAUGACAUUGUUAGACACUCAUUAUUGUAGCCCUGUGUGGCUAAAGCCCAACUUAGUGGAAAGGGGCCUUGACAGGGCUAGGAGACGGGCAUUAGGAAGAAGCUAUAUAGGGAUUGGUGGUUUAGAGGCUGGGCUAUAUAAAAAGCAGCCAUCUUAGGAAAUUCACUUUUAACUUGCCUACCUGGCUGAGUUUGUCCCUCGCUCCCUCCAAGGUUUUAAUUAGGGGUUGUCCCGUUCUGUCACAGCGGCGGGAUAGUGAGCUGAAGGAUAGGAAAAAGGCUCUCCCCUUUAGGAUGGUUUUGGAAAUGGUUAAUACGGUUCUUGGUAAUUUUAAAAGGUUUCAAGCCCGUCAGUGCCUCAGAACCCGGUGGGGUAGGGGUAUCCGGGUAUACCCUUACCAUGGUUAAUUAAAAUGUUGGCACUUUCAUUUCUGUUCAUGUUGAAAUACUGUUUUAUAUUAUUUAUUUAUAUAUGGGUCAUUGCCUUUUAUAUAUAACUGUGAGCAUACAGAUGUGGUAUGGCGGAGCAAGGCAAUGACCUUAUCAAUGUUAAUUUAUUACUUUUAUUAAUAAAAGCUAAUUUUGGACAAUUAUGACCCAUAUACCCUAGUGUCCGUGUUUUAUUGAAUUAGCUAUGUGGGGGGUUUGUUCUGAUUCCGCCUGCCCAUAUGGCAACUAUGCACCUGUCAAGUCCAUUAUCCUUCUAUAGGAGAUGGGGUCAUUCUUUGAGUCUUCAAGUAAAGGAGCUGAUGGUAAAAUAUGUUUUUUAUUUUUUAUUUAUGAUCCUUUCCCUGUUGCAUAGUUGGUCGCCAGCGUGCAGCAAAGAGGAAAAGCGAUGGCAAACUGCAAAUUCUGCAGGUUAAAUAUCUUCUAUUAAUGUUUAAUACUACCCAACAGCUGGUAAAGUGUAUUAUAGCAGCGUAUAUACGAAUUAAAGAACAUCCAAAUUAAUAUAUUCCAUAUUCAUGGAUACAGGUGAAAGUUUGUAUCUGUACAUAAAAAACAUUGAUUCCCAUCAUCUUCAGUUAUUCUGCUGAUGUAAUAAGGAUUGGAACCUUAAAGGGACACUGCACUAUCUAAACACAAAAAUAAAUAUAAAUUGCUGUUUAGUAGAUAUACCCCCAAUAAAAACGUGUGCAUUUCAUUAUGUAUUUUUCAUUGUUGUGUAUCUAAUAACAGCUUGCAAAAGCUGCAGAUCGUUUAAAAGCCCUCCCCUUCUAACCACACCCACACUUACUGUGUCUGUCCAAUCACAGACUUCCCAACUCAGGUAAAUGAGAAGUCUUUGUAAGACAGGUACUCUGGGCAAUUGCUAUCUCUUGAUUUUAGCUCCACUGAGCUAACCGAACCAGGAAGUUACAGGACCUGUUUCCUAACAGCCGGGGUUGUAACAAGGUUAAUUUAUAAAAAGUGUACAUUUCUAUUGAAACUUGCACUUUUGGUAAAAUAAAAGGGCACACUUUUCAUGCAUAAAGCUCCUUAGGGCUAAAGUGCUUAGGGGUUCGAAGUUUCUUUUAGAAUGCGUAGGGGAGAGGGGACAGAACAUCCUGUUAAGACAUUGUCUUCUUUGUGUUUGCUGCAAUGUUUUGCAUGUUUCAGCCUCUCAUUCCCACUUGUAUAAUUAUCUCAGCAGGAUGUCUAUCUUACCCAGAGCUGUCUCUGGAACUUGUAGAACACGGUGACGCCCUGCUAUGCAGCUUUUGCCAUAAGGACCUAAUUGAACCCAAGAACGGUAUCGUUUUCAUCUGGAGAUUAAAUGGAAAUAAGGUCAAUAACAAAAGCAAACAGAAAGGCCGGUACCCCCUGGAACAUAAAUAUAACAACAACGAACCGUGGAUAGUGAGAUGUGAACUGAAAAAUUAUUCUUAUAUCAAUGCAGAGUAUAACAUGGAGCCAGCACAACUCAGACAGAGGAACUUGUAUAAAGGUAUCUGAUAAGUAGCUAUGAAUCAGUUGUCAACCCCAACACACAGUGACACAAAUAGGGGUGCUACGAGUCUGUCCCUCCCCCUUCAGGGUAUCACAGUGACACACAGAGAAGUCGGAGUGGUUUUGGAGCCAGAUGCGCAGUGGCUCACUCCCAGAUUAAGCAGGUGUUUGCAAACAGUUUAAGGACCACUCAUCAGAAAAGGUUUUUUGUUUUUUAAAUUUAUUUAAAUAAUAAUUUAUUUAAAUAAAAUAUAAAUUCAAAAGGAAAUAAAUUUGUCACCCCUUUUGUACAGGACAGGACAGUUCAGCCACAUAUAUGCAUAAGGUGGUGUGGCACUAUAGGUGAGAGUUGGUCUCAGCUCACCAGCACCCUGGCAGGAGUGAACGAAGGAUCUGCAGCCCCCCACAGUCCUAGAAUCAGUAUGUUUUUUGAUACUAGUGUUUGAAAACCAACAUUUAGUCUAUAUGGUCUUCCCUGCGUCUGUGCUGAGACUGAAAUGGGGAUGCUCAUACAGACUAACUGGUUUUGUAUAUGGAAAAAGACUUUGUCAUAUAUCAAAAGGUCGGAAUGAGUACCUCUCUUUUUGUUUUUUUAACAUAUACUUUAUUUAAAAAAAAAAAAACGUCUUUCAAAAAAGGUUUAACCCGAAAGUUUGCCUCCAGCGGCGAUCUGCAGGUCCCCGAAGUGGCAUCUUCUGAAUCUCAGUUACAGGAAGCGCGGAGUGUCGCCGCUGAUUGACUAAUUGCUCUAAACCAAACCGUAGCUCCCCAUUGAUUUAAAAAAAAAAAAAGAUCUUAAAGUAGAAGGAUAUUGUCACGAUUCGAAUAUACACACACUAUAUUGGAUCGCCAGUGAUAGAGACACCAAACAUUUAAAAACACAUGGAAUUUGUAAUUUUCUUUAUACUGAAGGGUUUACUAAGGUAUAAAUAAAUUAUUCACAAAAUGAUUACUUAUAAUAACUUGAAAACAUUGAAAUAUUUUCCCCACACACAAAUAACUGACUAAUAAUAUUUUGGAAUUGAUUCCUUAAUGCCACUUAAAGUUUAAGAUGGUGUUCAUCAUUGUGGCUAGGGCCAUCUUUCCCCAGGGGCAUCAUUUGAUCUCCCCUACCAGCCCAUGGAGAGACAGCCCUGUUUUAUGGCUGUGGGCCCUCUCGGGCUGGUGAGGAGAUCAGAGAUCUCCCUCACCCGCCCAAGGGCCCUUUGAUCGGGUAGAGAGGACCCGGACGAAGGGGGAGUGACCUUGGAGGAAGAUCACUCCUUGCGCAAGCAGGCUGUGUGGAGCAUUGCCAUGCACUGCCAUGUCAACGCUCCACAUAGCAUUCUGCGCGCAGGAGGAGUGAAGAUAGCCUGCAGCCAGAGGAACUGCAGGCUAAACAGAACUCACCAACGGACCACCAGGGCUGGCUGUGUCCCCCUCCUCCACCAAAGGUAAGAAGAAGGGUGAGGGGUACAUAAAUGUUUUAUUAAUCACAAUUUAUUUAAAAAAAAAAAAAUCAACUAUUUGCUCCCUGUACCCCUCACACUCUGCAACACACACACAACCCCUAACUGCAGUUUGGGUGUAUUCAGCACUGUGUGUAUGUGUUUGUAUUCAGCAGUCUGGGUGUAUUCAGUAGUCUCUGUGCGUGUAUUCAGCGGAUAGUGCGUAUGUACUCAGCAUUUAUACAUGCUGUCUUUUCAACAGUUUGUGUGCGCGUGUAUUAUGCAGUCUGUGACUAUAUUGAGCAGCCUGUGUAUUCAGUAGUCUCGGUGUGUGUAUUCAGCAGCCUGUGCGUAUUCAGCAGUCUGUGUGUGUGGAUUCAGCGGAUUGUGCAUAUGUAUUCAGCAGUCUGUCUGUGUGCCCAUGUAGUUGGCAGUCUGUGGCUAUAUUCAGCAGUCUGUCUGUGUGCCCGUGUAUUCGGCAGUCUGUGCCUAUACCCAGCAGUCUGUGCCUAUAUUCAGCAGUCUCUGUGUACCCGUGUAUUCGGCAGUCUGUGCCUAUAUUCAGCAGUCUCUGUGUAUGUAUGUAUUGCAUUUGUUAAAGGUACCAAUAAAUAUAAGCUUAAUUUAAUAAUUUUUAUUCCUGUGAGGAGUUGUCUAGGCAGAGCCCCAGUGCACUGCUUUUCCCGGAGGCCCAUAAUGUGGUUAAGAUGGCACUGAUUAUAACCACAUUAUAAACGGUCUACAUUCAGUAGAGAUCAUCAUUAUGGCCACAUUAUAACGUUCUGCAUACAGUAGAGAUCAUCAUUAUGGAAAAUAUAAGUGGGAUUCAAAUGAAUGCAGGGUUGUAAAACUUGAAUAGUCAAGGCAGGCAUUAAAUCUAAAUUAAAAUCAAGUAAGAAUCAGAGAACAGAGAAAACGUCUUCAAACAGUCACAUUCUACCGGACACCUUCACAUAAACAGCUUUCUUAGGGCAGUGUAGGUCGUUCCAUAGAACAAUACUUUGUAUCUCUGUGUAUAAUUCCUCCAUAUAUGAAGUGGUAUCGAGAAAUCAAUGCCCAGUGAGGGAGGAGAUUGUAGAAUGAAACUUACAGUAAGGGGGUAAGGGAGAAUUAUUUUUUUCCCCUCGUUAUAGAGAAGAAAACAAACAAACAAUAUCAUGCCUAUAGCUUAGUGAUUUAAGGUAAAGCAGGCUCUUAUGGUAUCAGGAAGAGGUUACUGAAUGUGGCUGAAAUUCUUGAAGGAUGUAGAACCAGAGGAGACGGAAUGCUACAUUGCACUGCAACACCCAUCAUCACCAGUACACAGCUAGCUGGUGGACACGGUGUGGGCUGUGAUUUUCUAGAUGGAGAGCGUAAGUGGAUCCACUUAAUUCAAUCUACUUUUUUAUAACCUCUUCUCGCUAAUCUCUAGAACAGGGCUGGCAAACUGACUUGCAGAUGUUACUGGAUAUCUCCCUUAAUUAUUUGUCAAUCUUUUGCAUUCAAAAAGGUUUUGGAAGUGUAGUCCAUUAACCAGCUGUUUUUAGCUGGAGUUUGACAUCCCUGCCCUUGAUUGUUUUCAGACCUGUAUAUGCUGCUCAUUUUCCCAUUUUGCCCCCUUUUUCCCUAAUUAUCUCAGCAGGGUGUACAUCAUACCCUUUGCUGUCUCUGGAACUCACAAAACAAGGCUCACUCGGCACCCUGCUGUGCAGUUUUUGCCACAAGGACUUCAUUCAACCCAAGAGGGACUUCAAUUUCAUCUGGAAGUUAAAUGGAAGCAGUGUCGGUAACGGAGCCAGACAGAAAGACAGAUUCGUCCUGGACCUCACCAACCAAAACAACUAUGGACAAUGGACUUGUGAACUGGAGUAUAACUCUCGUAUCAGAGCACAGUAUGACCUGGGACCUCCUAUAGGAGAGCUGGAUAAAGAUAUAGGUAUGUGACAAAAGCUACAAGGCUCUUUAACAAAACGUCCAUUCUGGGGUGACAGUGACAUUGACAGAAGGGAUAAAAAGUCUGACCCUCCCCUGCAUUGUGACAGUUAGAAGGGGAUACAAGUCAAAAUUUACCCUGACAGACUGGGUGCUAUAAGUUUGUCCCUUCCCAUUUAGGUGACCCACGCUGACAGGAACUGUAUGUUUAUUUUUACAGCGAGCAAUACAAUUCCACACAGAAUUCUAGUAUCAAUUAUCACAGUAAUCGUGUUAAUUCUUCUCCUCAUUGUCAUCAUCGCCACUGCCACUGCAUGCUACAUGAUGGAACAAAGCAGGUAAUUUUCCAGCCAGGUAUUUGUGUUAUAACGGUUUGUUCUCUGCACAAACUGCAACUGAUCUUCGCUCUCUCUUUUCAGAAAGAAAUCAGCUCACAAGCGAAAAAGCAGAGGUAAUCCCCUUGUUGAAUACUUCCCCAUUUUAUUUUUAAUUUGUUUAUCAUUUCUGUCAGCUCCUCCCUUUGCCUGGCCAUAAUUAUCUUGGUUUGAGCCUCUACCUGUUCCAUUUGUAUUCUACUUAUUUUGAAAUUCACUCUUGCAGCUGCUGUUAAUCACUAAGCUGAGAAUUGACCAGAUAAUUGCAAGUUUUAGGCAAGGCAAACCGAAAAAGAGUUCCAAUGCAGAGAUAUAUAUACCUUUUUUUUUUUUUUUUAAUCCAGCCAGGUAUUUUGUUCUAAUCCACUGGUUAAUGUCAGACAACUCCCCAGUUAUGGAAUAAAAUAUAUAUGUAUAUCAGCCCAAUCUGUGCAUGGAUGACACUGAGUGAGAUCAACCAGUUAUGUUCCAUGUUAAUAGCUGAAGCCCUUAUGCCAACACAUUCAUUAGAAGGGAGAAAUGAAUUCAUAGUUGGUUAUGCACUAAAACAAUAGUAGUGAAUUGAGAACCCAACUGCAAAUUUUAGUCUGCAAAAGCUGAAGAGUUUUUCAAAACAUGUUUAGUAAAUAAAAAAACAUUAAAAUAAUUUAGUAGUACUGGUGUACAAUAUAAGUACAGCCUAAAACUUGCUCCCUGGACAUUAGGAUAGGUCUGAGCAAUACCUGUACACACCUGUUCCCAGUGAAGAUGGGUGAAAGCAAGUGUGGUGAAGGUUUCAUUUUCAUGGCUUUGUAUUACAGAGAAACGGUCCAGCACUGGUUCGUUAAAAGAGACUUUACAUUUAGAAACCCUUAAGCAUGACAUGAAAAUGGUAAGUAACUGCAGCUUUAAAGAGGUGGCCCCACCGGUAACUUUCAAACUGAUCCCCAUUUCUAGAGUACAUGUGGCUCAAUUAGCAACACCAACAGUGGACAUAAGGUGGCUCUGUAGCUCCUGAAGGCUGCCAUGCAUCAUGGUAGAACUGGUACAGGUGACUUCCAGUUCACUACACAAAGUGAUCAUAUAUACAAAAUAAAAAGCACCAGAAGUUGAGGAAAAUAAUUCUAAAUAAAAGAAGUCUUAUACAUAUAAAUCAGACAUUCAACUUAUCCAUAGGAAUCUCUUGAAGAUCAGAGGAUAGCUGCCUAAUGCGCUUAAUAACCCCAUGUUACUUACUCCUAAACCAGAACGCAAGCCAACUGGAAAUAGAGGUUUCAACCAUAAAGCUUUGAGGGUUUUAUUUUUUAUGUUCUAUCCAUAAUAAAUUGUUUACUAUAUUGGUAUUAUAGGUUUACUACAUUAGAUUACCGGCACAAGUUCCUGGUUUGUGUUUCAGUCAUCGUGUGUAGGGAUAAUGGUACUCACAGAGCUCCAGCUGUGGUUUCUUAUUUGGUUUACAAUUUCAAUGAGAGUGUAAAACAUCCAUGUUUUGUCCUCAAAUUACAUUGACUAACAGAUAACCUUUGAAAGGGGGGGCUACCUUCAUGCCAGGGUCCUCAUCAAGAGCCGUUAGGCACCACAGGAGGAUGGUAUUGGCGUUAGUCCAUGUAAGGGGAUCCUGGUUUGAAUGCCUUUAUGAUGAGAUUAACCCAUUUUCUCUGAUGGACAUGGGUAGCAAGGCACCAGCAAGCGCACACUCUGAAACCAGUACCAGCUCUAUGGAAUUCACAUACUUUUAAUUUUCUUUUCCAUUUACUCAGGACGAGGAUAAUGUUUCCUACGUUGAGCUACAGUUGGGACCAAAGCAGCCCUCCCGAAACCUUGCAACUCCCCGUUCAACCAUCUACGCCUCGAUUAUGUGAUUCCGCAGGUUUUAUCAGUAAUGCAGACACCGUAUCCUGACUUCUCAAAGUUAUUGGUUGGUACAGGGAUUUUUGGCCAGCUCCUUUAACUCCGUUUACAUGAAAUCACAUGAGUUCUCUCUUCUCUAAGUUUAUCCACCAACAGCUUAUGUCCAUUUACUAGUGAGAAGCACUAUGUUCUGGCCAAGAAAACAAAGCAAAAUGGCGGAUGCGAAAAACAUGUCUGAAUGUAUAUAUGCACAAUUAAACUAUUUCCCUAACUCAUAGGAAAAAACAACCAUUACCCUCACAUUAUCGUGCGUAAAACUAAGCUAUAUGCUGUCAUUUUAGGCAAGUGUGCUGAUCGGUGAUUGACAGGUGGAGGGACCAUAGUUAAGAUCUAUAUAUUUGUUAACGUACAGACGAAUGUGUCACUUGAGAAGGAAAAG